AGUAAUUCCUCUUUCAUAGACCAGAAAGCUCAUGCAUGGAUAUAUACUGCCAUUUUUGUUUUGAGAAACAACAAAACUAAGGACUUCAUCACCACUUCACCAACUUGUGCUUCAAUAUACCUCAAAUCCUCAUAAAAUUCUUAUAAUUCUGUGGUCCUGUUGUAGUCAAAGGUUUGAUCAGAAAUGCUGGGAGAGAGCUUCAUAUUCAUGUUAAACUACCGUGAGCAGGCUAUAUGUUCUCCAGACAUUAAGUUGGCAUCAUUCUCUCCUUCUGCUGAUUGUGUUCCUGGGUCCUACACACUUGCACAGGUUAAAGGAUCAAAUGCCAAGCCUGUGCAGAAGCCAUCUAAGUCCAAAGGUCCUCACCAAAGACCUGAUCCCUUCAUGUCAAAUCACGAUGAAAAGCCCUAUGUAAGCCUAAGUCAACCUGAUCAAUCUACUACUAUUUUGGGUAAUCUAUCCCCAUUCCCACAACUGACUAGCAUCACAGAAAGCAAACAGGUUUAUCCUCACUCUCCAAAACCACAAGAAUGGCAUAUUUCAGACAUGAUUAACUUCUCCCAAGAACUUCAACCCAUUCCUCCGUCAGUUCCGCUUAAGCAGGAUGACAUCCCUGAUGAUGGCUACCUGGUCAUGGACAGCAGUAUUACUCUCAAUGGGGAGCCACCAACUAACUCCAUGCUCAAUGGAUACUUGGACAAAAAGCUACAAGAGGUUUACAGCCAGUACAUACAGGAAAGGCUAGCAUAUCCUGGUUCUUCCCCAGGAUGCAGCCUGCUAUCUCCAUUCCACCAGACCAGCCUUCUUCAACUAAGCCAACCUCUAAACAUAGACUCAAGUUUAGAACCAGAGACUAGACAAAGUCAGGGAGCUAUUAGUCAGCGGGCCAGCUCCAACUUUAGCUCCCCAGUACUUCGCAUUUCCAAUACAGAAGAGUCAAUAAGGCCUAGGCACUAAAUUCUAGAAAAAUUCUUGAUUUUUAAAUCUCUGUUUACUGAAAUACGGUGUUCCUUUAAACUGAAAUUUGAUACAAAAUUGAAAGGACAUUUAAGAUUUAUUUGUUAGUAGUUUAUCAUUAGCUCAUUGAGGCAGGUCUCUAGUAAUUGAAAAUCUUCAGAUCUUUAUAAAGUGCAUCCAUAAAGUAUUCAAAGUGCGUCACUUUUACUACAUUAAAUUAUGUUGCAGCCUCAUACCAAAAUGGAUUAAAUUCAUUAUUUUCCAUAAAAUUCUACAAACAAUACCCCAUA